AUGUCGGCCAAACGGCCAGGUCCUCCCCUUUCUCCACCUCCUAUCAAGCGAAAGAUAGAAUCGACAACUACAAACAAAGCAGUUGCAAGCUUUUUCAAACCUGCUUCGCAGAAAGAGCCAGAGAGACUGUCAUGGAGAAUUGUAAACAAGAGCCUUAUUGUUGGCAAAUAUGCGGAGGGACUUGAUCUAUCUCGAAACACAGCGAAGUCUUCGCUACCACAAAUGAUUGCUACUUUUGAUCUUGAUGAUACACUUAUCGCACCAAGCAUCGGGAGCAAGUGGAGCAGAUCUGCAUCAGGUUGGCGUUGGUGGCACAGUACGAUCCCUACAAGACUGAAAGAGCUUCAUGCCAAAGGGUCUCGCAUAGUGCUUUUAAGCAACCAAAGCACAAUCAGCCUGAAGGACAACCCUAAAGUGAUACAAAAGGAUAGUGUUAGCCUCGUCAAUUUCAAGAGUCAGUUGGCAGCCAUCCUCCAACGACUUGAUCUACCUAUCAGCGUCUACGCUGCUACAGGCCAAGAUAUGUAUCGCAAACCGCGGACGGGCAUGUGGAGAGAAAUGUUGGAGGACCUUGACCUAAACGGACCUGGCAUGAUUGACAUGAGCGCAUCGCUCUACGUAGGAGAUGCUGCUGGGCGAGCAAAGACCUCAACACGACCCAAAGAUCAUUCGUGCUCGGACAGGGACCUGGCUGCUAACAUUGGCAUUCGCUUCUACACACCGGAAGAAUACUUUCUGGGUGCUGAACCAGAACCAUUCACAAGAGAGUUUGAACCCACGAAUUUCCUCGGAGUUCUAUCCGGAGAGAAGACAGCUGGUACUGCGGACCGUGAGUAUAACAAAAUCAACACGCAAGAUAUUAUCCUGCAUUGCGGUUCUCCUGGGGCCGGCAAAUCAACAUUUUUCUGGAAAAGGCUUGAGCCGUUGGGAUAUGAACGAGUCAACCAAGACAUUCUCAAAACAGUGAGCGCAUGCCUAGAUUUUCCACUCGGUGCUUUCUUACGUGCCAGUCCUAAUCAGCUGCAGCGCGAAAAAUGUCUAAAAGUUGCCAGAGAGCACCUCGGUGCAGGCCGCUCGGUGGCUAUAGGUGAGCAAACUACCAGAACCAUGAGCGCGAAUUACCUAGCCAUGAUGAAGUUGACAGUCGAAGAUAACACGAAUGCCAACCCUGAAGUAAGAGCGUCAUGGAUUGACCUUGCUCGAGCAUUCAAGAUCCCUAUUCGAUGUGUUCAUUUCACCGCGUCCACAAGGCUCUGCGAGCACAACGACACGGUUCGCGCAUUGAAUCCGACCCUGAUGAAUCCUGAAAAUCGGUCCGUAUUGCCUCCCAUGGCGUUUCGAAGUUUUGCUUCCAGAUAUGUCAAGCCGGCUCUUUCGGAGGGAUUCCAGGAUAUUACCGACGUGGAUUUUGUGCCACAUUUGCUCAAAGUCCUCCGCGCUACUCGUCUGGGCACCAACAAGACCAGAUUCCAACAAAUUGGUGGGAAAGUCUCGAUUUGCCUUGGUCUGAAAGAUCUGCCAAGCACACUGGAGGAGUCAGUGAGUGGGAACGACAACCGACAGACUCUGCAACCCGAAGCCGAACUCGCAUGUCUACCAAUUAUGAAAUCAAUCCUGACCUUUCUGCUCUCCCUUGCUGGCACCCUCAUCUGCAAGUAUGGAGUGACAAUUAACACAGAGCAGGCUCGGCUGAGAUGUUCCAUGUGGAGCGAAUCAAUCGACUUCCUUGCCGUCUUGCAGCAGACCUGCAACCGACCUGCAAUCGACCCGCAGGUCGACCUGCAGUAG